AUGAACGAUCCGGAGAAAGGGAUGUCAACUGACACCUCGAAGGCCGUGGACCCUCCGCCUGUUGGCCUCGACGACGACCAUGAGCAAGGUCUCGGCAAGGGCGAGCUCCAAGUCAUCCGCAUCCGCGAUGGAAGCUCGCUCUUACGAAAGUUGCGCCAGGCCGAGGUCUGGAUGGAUCGCAAGUUGAGGAUCGAGGGCAUGGGCGCCGAACGAAUCCCCGAGAAUGAGCGAAAGCCCCCACGCAUGAUGCUCUUUUGGUUCUCCAUGUUGAUGUCGCCUGGCCUGUUGACCAUGGGCAUUCUCGGGCCUAUCUUUGGGCUCUCGGUGAACGAGUCCAUCAUCCUCAGUGUGUUUGCCUCGUGCAUUGGCUCCGUCAUUCCUGCCUUCACUGCCACGCUCUGUGCACCGCUUGGUCUCCGGCAGAUCGCGGCGUCACGCUACGCCUUUGGUAUCUGGGGCUCCAAGUUCUGCGGCCUGCUCAACAUCAUCGUCAACAUCGGCUUCGGCACCAUCAACUGUAUUGUGGCCGGGCAAUUGUUGAGUGCGGUCAGCGGCGGCUCGUUGACCAUCGUCGUCGGCAUCGUCGUCGUGUGUGUCGGAUCCUUUGUCAUCUCAUUCUUCGGGUUCCGUUUGAUCCAAAAAUAUGAGUCUGUCGCGUGGUUCCUGAUUUUCAUCUUUCUCUGUGUCGAGUUUGGCCAGUCGGCCAAAUACUUUUCACCCACGCCCGGCUUGUCCUACGUCUCGGGCUCGGAUCGCACAGGAGCGGGCCUGACGUACUUCGCCAUCGUCUUUGGAGAGGCAGCCGCGUGGUGUUCGAUGACCGGGGACUAUUAUGUUCAUUACCCACCGGACGUUAACAAGUGGUUGGUGUUUGGUAUGACGUGGAUGGGCCUGGCGCUACCGACCAUCUUCGUUCUCAUUCUCGGUAACUAUUAUGGCGGCAUUGUGAACACAAAUGAGACGCUGUCGCAAGUUUACGACGACGGUGGCAUUGGCGCCUUGAUUCUCGCGACCAUGGAGCCGUCAGGCUGGGCCAAAUUUGUGUGCGUCAUGUACGCACUCUCGUUUCUGGCCAAUCUAACCGCCAUCAUCUAUUCUUCGUCGCUUUCCAUCCAGCUCUGGGGCAAGCAUUUCCUCGCAGUGCCGCGUUUUGUGUGGAACACGCUGCUCACAGCCAUUGCCCUGGGCCUCGCCUGGGGCGGUCGAGACCAUCUCGAGACAAUCCUGAACAACUUCUUGUCGCUCCUGGGGUACUGGACCAUCUGCUUUGGCGGCGUCCUUGCCAUCGAGGCGUUCUGGUUCCGUCCUCGCCUCGGAGGAUACGACAAGGAGGGGUGGCAGGAUCAGUCACGCAUGCCCUUGGGGUUGGCUGGAUGCAGCAGUCUGGCUCUGGGGAUUGGAGUCAGCUUUUUGGGCAUGGAUCAGACCUGGUAUGUCGGCCCGGUCGCGAAGCUGAUUGGGUCCGGUGGUGACCUUGGGAACGAAUUUACGCUGGUUGCCGUGGCUCUGAGCUAUCCGAUAUUACGACAGCUGGAGAUCAAACAUUUUGGCCGGUAG